AGGCCUUUCACACGCUUUACCAAAUUAGGGUUUAUUGGCAAACUGAUAUUAAAAGCGCGAAAGUCUAUCAACUUUCAACUUUGCACUCUCCGGACCUUCAUCACCACAAAGGGAGAAAGAGGCAGCCACUCAUGGCAAGGAUUAAGGUACACGAGCUAAGGGACAAAUCAAAGACGGAGCUGUUGAGCCAGCUCAAGGAAUUAAAAGCUGAACUUUCUCUACUUCGUGUAGCGAAGGUCACUGGUGGUGCUCCCAACAAGCUCUCCAAGAUUAAGGUUGUGAGGCUAUCGAUUGCACAAGUGUUGACAGUGAUAUCCCAGAAGCAGAAGGCUGCAUUGAGGGAAGCAUAUAAGAAGAAAAAGUUUUUGCCUCUUGAUCUCCGUCCCAAGAAGACCAGAGCUAUUCGCCGCCGCCUCACCAAACACCAGCAAUCUCUGAAGACGGAGAGGGAGAAGAAGAGGGAGAUGUACUUUCCACAGAGGAAGUAUGCCAUUAAGGUGUAAGCUUUUCAAAUUUAUAUUACGAGGGAUAUACCCCUUUUUCUUCAUUAGAUUUUAAAUGACUACACAAUGAUAUGUUGUUGUUUAAUUUUCAUUUCUUCGUAUUUCCUUUUAUUACCUUCAUCUUUCUCACUACUAUGAACUGUUGGAACCUAGAAAGUGUUUUUGUGCAGUUUUUUCUUUUAUAAUUUCUGGAUUGAAGGCUUGCUUCCCUA